AUGCGGCAUCUCAAGUGGAUUUAUAGUGCUUAUCGGUAUGCCCAGCUCCCUUACGGCCAGCCCCCCAAAGUUGUACUGGUUUAUUCGAAAUCGACAUCACUCACUGUCGACGUCUUCGCUUUAUUGCCGGAAACCCCUGCCCCCCCUUUCUUCAUCACCAUCCCCUUUCCUCCGGUUAGCGAUAGAUCCUUAAUCCAGAUGUCUUCUUUUCGCUGGUCUUGCUCCAUUCAUGUUUUCCCCGAGUCUGCUUAG